UCCCGAGGAGCUCUUAUGAGGCCCCCUGCGCCGCCGCCGCGGCCGGCUCCGCUCUGCGAUGUGCGCCUGCAAGUGCCGCCUGCCCUGAGCGGGCGCGCCGCCGCCAUGGAGCCACCGGGGCGGCCCCUGCUGCCCGAGCGGCUCCGCCUGCCCGUCUGCUUCCUGGGCGUCUUCGUCUGCUACUUCUACUACGGCAUCCUGCAGGAGAGCAUAACUAGAGGUAAAUAUGGAGAAGGUGCCAAGCAGGAAAAGUUCAAAUACGCUUUGUCCUUGGUCUUCAUUCAAUGCGUGAUCAAUGCCGUCUUUGCCAGGUUAGUGGUUACCUUUUUUGACGCCGUGAGGGUGGAUCGGACCCAGAACUGGUUGUAUGCAGCUUGCUCACUCUCCUAGGGUGCUAUGGUUUCCAGCAACUCGGCUCUGCAGUUCGUCAACUAUCCAACCCAGGUCCUUGGGAAGUCCUGUAAGCCCAUUCCAGUCAUGCUCUUAGGGGUGACGCUGCUGAGGAAGAAAUACCCACUAGCCAAAUAUCUGUGUGUCCUGCUGAUAGUUACAGGAGUGGCUCUGUUCAUGUACAAACCUAAAAGGGGAGGUGACGGUGAGGACGGCCACAUCUUUGGCUAUGGAGAACUCCUCCUGCUGCUGUCACUGACAUUGGAUGGACUGACGGGAGUGUCUCAGGACCAUAUGAGAGCUCAUUACCAAACUGGUUCCAAUCACAUGAUGCUAAAUGUUAAUCUAUGGUCCACCUUGUUCCUGGGGGCUGGUAUCUUGUUCACUGGAGAGCUCUGGGAAUUCCUGAGUUUUGCUGAACGCUACCCCAGCAUCCUCUACAACAUCCUGCUGUUUGGCCUGACAAGUGCACUGGGUCAGAGUUUCAUCUUCAUGACUGUGGUAUACUUUGGACCCUUAACUUGUUCAAUCAUCACCACAACCCGCAAAUUCUUCACCAUUUUAGCAUCUGUCAUUCUAUUUGCCAACCCAAUCAGCAUGAUGCAGUGGGUGGGGACUAUCCUGGUAUUCAUGGGUCUUGGACUUGAUGCCAAAUUUGGGAAGGGAUCAAAGAAGACAACCCAUUAGGAAGACUUUUGAACGCUGCAAAAUUGGAAUGAACUCUUUAACUUAUUGUCUUGUACCUCAGCAUCUGUUAUGAAACUGGACUCAGGAUGGGUGCCUGGGGAAAGGAAUGGGUAUUGUUUUUUAAUUAUGAAGUGUUUUAAAAUCUUAAUUUUAAUCAAGAGUGUAGUGCUUUUUUUUUCUGUAAUCAAAAUUGCAUUGAUGGAUCCCAGUAGCAGGGAGAAAUUCAAGUCUUAAUGGGAGAAACGCUUCAUACCUUUAUUAAAGAAAAGGAGACAAGUCA